CUUCAGGUCCGGUGAAAAUUCCAACUCCAUCACCUUUAAUUGCACCAACAAACAAUGGAGUAUCUCGAGAUACAAUUUAUCCUCCCGUAUAUAUCCCAACAAAUCCCCCAUCAUCAUCGUCAUCUGUAUGUUCUUCAACUAAAUCAUUACGUCUACCAGAUCCAUACGAUUGUUCAAUCUAUCAUGAUUGUUAUCAAGGUACUGAUCUUAUAUCAUAUUGUCCAGCACAAUUACAAUAUAAUCCUGAAAAACAAAAAUGUGAUCAUCCGCAUAAUGUUCAAUGUAAAAAUAAAUGUACAAUGAAAAAUGAAGGUGCUCGCUUUGUUGAUCCAAUGAGUUGUUGUCAUUUUUAUGAAUGUAUGUCAAAUAAAUUAGUUUCACAUACAUGUUCCUAUCCGAAUUUAUUUGAUAUACAAACUCGUAAAUGUUUACUAUAUAAAAAAGUUAAAUGUGCUGGACGACGACAAUGUUUAAAUAAAUGUCAUUAUUUAUCUAAUCAUGAUAAUGGAAAAAAUUCAUGUGAAUCUAGUCCAUCAUGUAUAGGUCAUAGCGAUGGAUUUUAUCUUGAUCGAACAAAAGCAAAUUGUCAAUCUUAUAUACAAUGUUUAGAUUAUCGUGUAGCUAAUUAUAGUCGUUGUACACAUGGUCAACGUUUUAAUAGAAAUUUAGGUAAAUGUACAACUGCUGAUCAAGUACCCUGUCCUGGUAAGUAA